ACAUUUAAUAUUCGACCCACACAUUAAAACCACCAUCCUCUUCCAACUCAAAACCAAAAGAACUUUUUUUUCGAGGAACAAAACCAAAAGAAAUUUAAAGAACCAGAACUGGUGAAUUUUCUUCCCCUCUCUGUUCUCCCCAACCAAGCAGAAAUAUGAAAAUAAUAAAACUAAGGCUUGCAGACAAUUUGAUUUGCUAAGGAUUUUGAUCUCUUCCUUUCCAACAGUUCAUAAUUUAAAUUUCUUUAUGUGCUCUGCUUCCUAAAAUAUCUUUUUGCAGCAUAAUGAAGACACUGGCUAUCAAAUGGUAUGAACAAGUACAUUGGUGUGCCUCAUUCCCAUCCUCUCGUAUGCCAAUCUUCAACCCCAGGAAGAAAAUUGAAGUGAUAAAUGUAACUAAAGCAACCAGCUUAAGUUCAGAGUCAAAUGCAAAGAAAGCAAAUUUGUGUGCUGCAAAGAAGGAAAGAAUUAAGCUGCCAAAACAUGAUGAUAGCUCUGGUGGCAAGACUUUUAACAUUAGUGAGUUUCUCAGCCACCAAUCAGGAAUUGAAGCCAUGCUUAACACCAGAGCCUUAAACAGCUUUGAAUCCCUUGAUACUGAUACUUACAGAUGCACCCUGCCAAAGCUUCAGCUUUUGAAUUUUGAAGCUGCUCCUGUGCUGGACUUGAGAGUGACCCCAACAAAUGAAGAUUGUAUAGUUGAGAUGCUUUCUUGCAGGUUUGAGGGUUCAGAAGCCGUGGAACGCCAAAACAGCCAUUUUUCAGCAUUCAUGAGAAAUCACAUGUCGUGGGACACAAAUGGCUCUGAAUCUUUUUUGGAGGUUGAUGUGAAGCUAAAACUCACUCUUGAGAUUUAUACACACCCUUUCACCAUGAUGCCAGUAUCAGCUGUUGAGCGUCCUGGAAAUUUAAUGAUGCAAGCCUUAGUGGAUAGGCUGGUGCCAUUGCUUCUGCAGCAACUACUACAAGAUUACAGCAAAUGGGUUGUUGAUAAGCAAGCAGUUGGAUGAUCUUCCAUCCAUUUCCGCAAACAGAUAUAGAUGAGUAAAACAAAAGAAGACAGAACAGGGAGUCGUAGUUUCCAGCCUACGACGAAAAGUAAUCCCUUCUGCAUCAAUCUGAACAUUCAACUCUACUUUCCGGCGACAUUAUUUCAAGUUGCGGUCAUUCUUUUGGGGAGGAAAUUGUCAACUUGCAGCUUAAAUUUAGGUCCGAAACUAAAACCUCCCCACAAUAUCCUUGAUCCUUAUGAUAAUGUCCUAGAAUUUUGCGGAUAGAUAUAAAAUGUGUUAAAAUUCCCGACCAAGAGGAGAUGUAAAUUUUUAGAUUUGUGCUGCUUUCGUCUAUAUAUCUUAAGAUGUAAUGGGAUAACAUUGUUAGUUCACCAAUUUAUGAUAUUCAAGUUAGAAA